UGCCCGCCUCUAUAAAGAUUCUGUACCAACCGUCUCAGAUUUUCCCCGUUCUUCCCUAAUUUUGCAAAUGCGUCCCCAAAGCAUAUUUAAGUAAACACACUACAAAGUGAGAGAACACAGUGUACAUUUGGCUGCAUUCCGCGUGGUUUCCCAAAAAUAGGCGUUUCCGUUUGCACAGCACACCAAGAUUGUCCUACUGCACCUGCCGUAGUUCCAGCUUCCUGUUUUCAUUCGACCCAGUUUGUCAUACGAUGAAGGCGUUCCUUGCACCUUAGUUCACUGCGAUUAGUAGUUUUAAACUUUAAACGUCUAUCCAAACCCUGCAAAAUGUCAUCCAACAGUGGUAUUCAAAUCCCCAGCCGGCUGCCUUUGCUGUGCACUCACGACGGAGUGCUGUUACCGGGCUCGACCAUGAGAAUCAGCGUCGACACGGCGAGAAACAUGCAGUUAGUCAAGAGCAGACUGCUGAAAGGGACCUCGCUAAAAAGCACCAUCAUCGGGGUUAUUCCUAACACCAGAGACCCCGAGCACGACAGCGAUGAGCUCCCGUCUUUACACAGUAUUGGCACAGCAGGACUGGCGGUCCAGGUUGUGGGCAGCAACUGGCCAAAACCGCACUACACAUUGCUCAUUACGGGGUUGUGUCGUUUUCGUGUGACCCAGCCGCUAAGAGAGAGACCCUUCCCCGUGGCCGAGGUGGAACAGCUUGACAAACUGGAGCAGUACACAGAGGGAGAUCAGGCUGAUGGAGAGCUGGGGGAGCUGUCAAAGAGGUUCUAUCAGGCGGCCGUACAGCUGGUUGGGAUGUUGGACAUGUCAGUGCCUGUGGUGGCUAAACUCAGGAGGCUGUUGGACAGUCUGCCCAGAGAAACCCUACCAGAUGUUCUGGCCUCCAUGAUCCGCACUUCCAACAAAGAGAAACUGCAGGUGCUGGAUGCAGUAGACUUGGAGGAACGCUUUAAGAAGGCUCUUCCUCUGCUCACCAGACAAAUUGAAGGGCUCAAGUUGCUGCAAAAGACCCGCAAACUCAGACCUGAUGAUGACAAGAGAGUGUUGGCCAUCCGUAAAGGUGGUGUGUUCCCAGGCCGUCAGUUCUCGCUGGAUGAGGAGGCAGAGGAUGAAGAUGGUGAUGACACAGCUAUGCUGGAGAAGAAGGUGAAGGCAGCAGCUAUGCCGGAUGCAGCACUGCGUGUGUGUCUCAAGGAGCUAAAACGAUUAAAAAAGAUGCCACAGUCCAUGCCAGAGUAUGCCCUCACCCGCAACUAUCUGGAGAUGAUGGUAGAGCUUCCCUGGAGCAAGAGCACCACAGAUUGCCUGGACAUCCGUGCGGCACGGGUGCUCUUGGAUAAUGAUCACUAUGCCAUGGAGAAGCUGAAGAGAAGGGUGCUGGAGUAUCUGGCUGUGCGGCAGCUCAAGAGCACCCUUAAGGGACCCAUACUGUGUUUUGUGGGACCCCCUGGUGUGGGAAAGACCAGCGUCGGGCGUUCCAUUGCUCGCACUCUGGGUCGAGAGUUCCAUCGCAUCGCCUUAGGAGGAGUCUGUGAUCAGUCUGACAUCCGUGGCCACAGGCGCACGUACGUAGGUAGCAUGCCUGGUCGCAUUAUAAAUGGACUGAAGACUGUUGGGGUAAACAAUCCUGUCUUUUUAUUGGACGAGGUGGACAAACUGGGGAAGAGCCUGCAGGGAGAUCCUGCUGCCGCCCUGCUGGAGGUUCUGGACCCAGAGCAGAACCACAACUUCACCGACCAUUACCUCAAUGUGCCGUUUGACCUCUCACAAGUCCUCUUCAUCGCCACAGCAAACAGCACGGCCACCAUCCCCCCUGCCUUACUGGACAGAAUGGAGGUCCUCCAGGUGCCAGGAUACACCCAGGAGGAGAAGGUAGAAAUCGCCCAUCGGCACCUGAUCCCUCAUCAGCUGGAGCAGCACGGACUGACCCCACAACAGCUCCAGAUCCCACAGGACACCACAAAGGAUAUCAUCAGCAAGUACACACGGGAGGCAGGCGUGCGCUCUUUGGAGAGGAAGAUCGGGGCCAUCUGUCGAGCAGUGGCUGUGAAGGUCGCUGAAGGUCAUAAGGUCUCUAGAGCAGAGUCCCCCACUGAACAACAUGCAGUUUCCCAUGAAAGAUCUUUGAAUCUUUCAGACCAGAAUACAGAGAACAAGGAGGAGGAUUCUGGGAUAGCGUCACCUCCAGAGAUGCCAAUUGUUAUUGACCACAUUGCCCUUAAGGAUAUUCUUGGACCGCCAAUAUUUGAAAUGGAGGUCUCGGAGCGACUGACCCUGCCAGGUGUGGCGAUCGGGCUGGCCUGGACUCCGCUGGGUGGAGAGAUCAUGUUUGUGGAGGCCAGUCGUAUGGAAGGGGAAGGUCAGUUGACUCUGACGGGACAGCUGGGUGAUGUCAUGAAGGAAUCAGCCCAUUUAGCUAUCAGCUGGCUCCGCAGCAAUGCCAAAACCUACCUCCUUACUAAUGGCAGCGCUGAUCCUCUGGAGGGUACCGAUAUCCACUUGCACUUCCCAGCAGGAGCUGUCACCAAGGACGGACCCUCAGCCGGUGUUACAAUAGUAACGUGCCUGGCCUCGCUGUUGAGUGGGCGGCUGGUGCGCUCUGAUGUGGCCAUGACUGGAGAGAUCACUCUGAGAGGACUGGUGCUGCCGGUGGGAGGUAUAAAGGAUAAAGUCUUGGCAGCUCAUCGAGCCAAUCUGAAACGAGUUAUCAUCCCCAAGCGCAACGAGAAAGAUCUGGAGGAGAUACCUGCCCAUGUGCGAGCUGACCUGGAUUUUGUUUUCGCCAGCACUCUGGAUGAAGUCCUGAAUGCGGCCUUUGAUGGCGGGUUUCCCACGGCUGUCAGUCAUCCACAAGUUGUCAGCAAACUCUGAGAUUGUAGCUGCUAGACAAACUCAUGAACCCAAGACUUUUUUUUUUUUCCUCAUAGGAAGCUUAACACGAAGCACUUACUCUCACCUUAAGCAUUGAAUGCUAGCAAAUCAGCUUUAAAUAAGCCUAUAUUAAUUUUCCUCUAAUUUGUUUGAUUUAAUUACAGAUGAUUGUUGUAAGAGUCUAGUUUUGUUCCUGUAGAACUGACAAAAAAAGUUGAUCUGACCAUUUUUGAGAUCUUGAUACUGUAGAUAAUUAUACAAAUACACUCUUUUUUGAAAACUGUGAUUUAACCAAGUGUUUUUCACUAAAUGAAUUAGACUAAUGAAAGUCAAAGUUCUUAAAUAUGAGAACUGGAAAAUUUAAAUAUGUUGACAACUGUACAGUUUAAAGGAAUACAUCUGGGAUCUGUCAAACGAAUGGAGGUUAGCAUUAAAUAACUGCCAGAAAAGUCAUUGUGUCACUACAGGAAAUGUUUCUAGAAUUGGUAGCACCCACAAGCCUCAUUCUUCCUUUAAGACGUCACACGAAGUUUACAGUGUCUCCUUUGCAGUGUUGUUCGUAGAAUAGCAUAUUGGCAAUAUACAGUCUGACUAUUUACAUUUACUUCUUGUUGGAUCAGAGUUUUGAAUCAAUUUGGACAUGUCAGAAUAAUAAAUGUGAUUUCAUAGUUUUCUAUGAUGUUACAAUUUAAACUUACAAUAGAGAAAGUAUUGCCAUUUGUCUGUGCUACUGGGACAACUGUAGUAGUGACUCAUCUUGACAACUGUUGCUUAAUUUUGUAGUUGCCAUGAACAUAAUUUGAUAUGCUAUACAGCAAACAAAGCUGACAUUUGACCUGCUUUAAUGCGUUCUUGUCCUUGACUGUAAUACCUGCAUGACAGCUCUGGCCUGAAAAUACGAGGCGUGUUUGGAAACGUUGUAAGAUGUAGACUAGCCCCUUUCACUUCAGUCUGUCAGUUCCACUUGAAGGGUAGCGAUUUGUUAGAAGAGCUAAUUUCCACACACUUUGGUCCUGGAAAAGUGUGUAGAGACAGCUAUAGUCUAUGUAGAGGUUGAGCUCCAUGAAACGUAUAAAUGCUGGCGCUACCACAACUUGUUUGAGCAUCCUAACCACCAACAUUGGCUCUACUAAUAUCGUGAGCUUGGGGUUUAACUACAUUUGUCCAACCGGUGGAAGAUUGGGAAGAAGAAAAAAAAAAAAAAAAAAAAAAAAAAAAUCGCAGAAAGCCAUUUGAAAAAUCACUUUUGUAGUUCCAUUAGGCAAUGUUAGCGACACAUUUUAGCUUAAACGUUCAGUAAAAAUCCUCCCAGGAUGUUCAUGUCAUGAGGACAAUACAUAUCAUUAAUUCUGAUCUUAGCAGUCCAUAAAAGGAAACAGAGCAAAACAAUAACCUCCCAUUUUGCCAGUCUUGGUUCAGAAUUUUUCCUAUUCAUUUUCUUCAAUAGGAUUUGAAAACAUUCCUAAAUAGUCACGAAAUUAAAAGCAUGCUUAACAUAUUAAAAAUUUAUGUUGCACACAAUGCAAUUUAACGUCAGAUGUAAAGUAAUAUUAUAGUUUUAGGUUUACAUGUCAUAAGGUUUAAAUGUUGUUAAAAAGCAAGGGAGCAAGGAUCCAUGAAGCCAACAUUACCAUCAGCUGUCAUUUAGAAUGAGCAGUGAGAAAAAUUCACAGAGGGUAUGAAAAAGAUAGAUUUAUUUACUGGCAAAAUAGAACAAAACAAACAAUAAAACAAAUAAAAUUAGAGAUCAGGACUAGCAACAGUACAAUGUAUCCACAGAGAUGUUUGGCUUUGCUUCACCCUAUCCUUGAAAAAAAAAAAAAAACAGAAA